AUGACUCAUGAUUCAGACGUCAUGCCAUCCGUGCCGGCUAGUGACGAAUACUACGAUCUCGGCUCGUUCGGUCGGAAGAUCACCACCUCCAGCCCCGACACUCAGACCUGGUUCAAUCGGGGCCUCAGUUGGGUUUACGCCUUCAAUCAUGUGGAGGGUGCCUACUGCUUUGAACAAGCCAUCGCCAACGAUCCGUCGUGCGCCAUAGCUUACUGGGGGCUGGCGUACGCAGUUGGUCCCAACUACAACAAGCCAUGGGACCGUUUUGAUAGGGAAGAUUUGAAGAACUGCAUGAAACGGGCAUAUGAGGCGUCGCGCAAGGCCAAAGAACAUGCAAAUAAUGCGAAUCCAAUUGAGCAAGGGUUGAUCGAAGCCAUCCAAUCCCGAUUCCAGAGCGCCUCGCCCCCAAUACUGCGGAGCACCUUUGGCGAUGAUCUGGAUGUUGCCGCUCUCUACGCGGACGCGUUGAUGAAUCAGACUCCUUGGGCGCUCUGGGAUCUGUUUACUGGCGAACCCAAUCCCAAAGCAGCCACAAUGGAGGUCAAGAUGGUACUGGAACGCGCUCUGACUCAAAAAGGGUCUGAUAAGCAUCCAGGGCUGCUGCACCUCUACAUCCACUAUAUUGAAAUGUCGCCGAAUCCUGAGUUAGGUAUCAAUGUCGCCGACCAGCUGCGUGACUUGAUGCCUGAUGCAGGCCACAUCCACCACAUGCCAACUCAUCUCGACAUUCUGAUCGGGGAUUGGCGGCGCUCGAUUGCGUCCAAUUACAAGGCUACUCUAGCCGAUGACAAGUAUGUGCGCCGCGCAGGUCCAUACAACUUCUACACGUUCUAUCGACUUCACGACUACCAUUCCCUCAUCUACGCCGCUAUGCUUUCCGGCAAACUGAAUACGGCCCUGGAUGCAGUCGAUCGAAUGGAGGCUUCAGUCCCUGAAGAUGUGCUACAAAUCGAGUCCCCGCCCAUGGCUGAUUGGUUAGAGAACUUCAUGUCCAUUCGCUUACAUGUCAUGGUGCGCUUUGGAAUGUGGGAGGCGCUGAAACAAAUGGAAUUACCAAAAGACUCCGAACUAUACAGAGUCACGACGGCAACUACACAUUACGCCAAGGGAGUUGCCUAUGCGGCUACUGGGGAUGUAGAUGGAGCCCUAGAGCAGCGGGAGCUCUUUCAGCAGACUUGUGCACGUGUCCCAGAGACCCGCCGCGUCUAUAAUAGCAAGUGUACGCAGACCUUGGCCGUGGCCGCGGCCAUGCUGGAUGGAGAAAUCGAGUAUCGCCGUCAAAACUGCGACAAGGCCUUUGAGCAUCUGCGCGAAUCCAUCGAACUGGAUGACAAGCUCCCGUAUAGUGAACCAUGGUCGUGGAUGCAGCCCAGUCGACAUGCCUACGCGGCCCUUCUCCUGGAACAGGGCCAUAUCGAGGAAGCGGCCAAAGUAUACCGCGCUGACCUUGGACUCGAUGACACGCUGAUUCGGCCCCGCCGCCACCCGAACAACGUUUGGUCGCUCCAGGGGUAUCAUGAGUGCUUGACGCGGUUGGGAAGAAGGGAGGAAGCGGCUGUCAUCGAACCUGCCGUGAAGCUGGCGCUCGCUGUAGCAGACAUUCCCAUCAAAUCCUCGUGCUUUUGCCGAUUGGAUACGUCUCAAGCGCCGCGUGUCAUUAAGUCUUGUAGUUCCAAUGGGAAUUGCCACUAA